AUGCCAUCCAUAGCUGCGCGCUCCCCAAACAACACUAGCGCCCCCUUUUGCGGAGCCUUUCUGAUAUUCACGAUUUCUUCCUCUAAUUUCCUCGCUUUCCUUGCCAAAUUUCCAGUGUACCACUCUCCCAUCACCACCAAAAUGGAAGAGCUAGUGGACCUACUCCCAAUGGGAGAGGCCCUCGCAAAAAUUGAAGCAGAGCCCAUCUACCGCGAAGCGAAACAACAAUUCGAGGCUCUCCAGCGCUGUAUCCGCAAUGCCCAUCGUGCGGAUUCUGUCACUGCCCCGGAUUUCGUUCUAACUUUGACGGUUCGCCUUUCAGAUCUCGCAGUCAAGAGCCCAGCCACUGAAAUGCCUUUCAUAUCGCCCAAGGGCUCUCACAUCGCCGCAUCCUACAAGCAAAUCAAUCUUUCACAAUAUUACCGCGACCUCUUCGACAACGCGACCAAAGCAUUAGAUCCGUGGCAGAAAUUGCAGCUGUUGACCAUAUGCUUCGCAUACAAGACGAAAGAGCGAAUCCUGUAUUUCUUAGAUCUAUUGGAGAGCAAGGCUUUCCGUUGGAUUACAACUUUCAAGCACAUCAUCCAUGACCGAGCCAAAGACACCGCGUUCGAAUCUUCUAGGCCUAAACAACACGAUAUCAAUACACUGCCAGAUGUAAACCCGAACAGUCCUUACAGCCUUCGCUCGAAGAACCUCGCCGUUAAAGCCACGCCUGCCAAGCAGCCCACGUCGUAUUUCAUCCUCCCAACACUCCCCCUCGCCUUCCCAACCCACUUCUUCACUGCUUUUGUCUCACAUGCUCCGCUCUCCGCACUCACACUCCCGAGCAUACUGUCAUGUCCUGCGGCCACGCAACUCGCCCUCUCAGACCCUUUACGCGAGCUCCUGCAAUCCUUCCAACCGAAUUUCUGGAAGCCGGCAACGCAGGUCCAAAAGAAGUCUUGGGCAGCGUUCUUUGUUCACCUGCAACAUAGUAGGAAGGAGACGCUGUGUUUAAGCAAUGGUGGCGACUUCCAAGUCGAUAACGGAGAAGUCGGAUACAGCAAAAUUGAUCUAGAGAUGUGGCUUGCUGGUUGGAAAGCAGAGAGACAGACCUCUUUUGGUGGGGGUGAUGAUGUGUUGGUGGAGAAAAGGGCCCCGGUCAAGCAGGCUGCUGUUGUGAAGAAUGCUGCUGGGAGCAAGAGGAAAGUGGAAUGGAAAGAGUUCAACAAUGGUGAUGGUGGCCAGGCAGCUGAGAGUGAGAAGAUUGUCGCCCUCAAUACGUUGGAGUUAGAGAAGGUUGGGGAGUUGCCAAUUCGAAUGAAGAAAAGGAAGAAGAGGAAGAAUUAG